UAUAACCUUUCAUCAGGAUCACAAGCUUCUCCAUAAUGCAGUAUUUUCCUUUAAAUGUGUCAUUGUGUAUAGAUAUUUUAACCUGCAACUAAUUGGAUUCUGAUAAACUUUUCACAAUUGUGUUCAGUUACACUUCCCUCUUGUUUUUUUGGACAGUGAGGCUAAAAUGUGGAAUCCAAAAUGCUGGAGUAUAGAGCCAAAUGUGAAUGUUAAUAGCCGGCAUACCCCAUACAUCCCAUCCUAAAAUGAACAGCACAGUGAUGAACAGCACAGUGUCUCCUUCCGUGUUGCCUCUGGACAACAGAAGUCUCUCUGAGUCCUGUACAGUGGAACCCCAACACGUGUCCAUCACUGUUUUCCUCCUCCUGGUUGUCCUGGUUGGUUUCUUCCUCAACAGUUUCAGUCUGUGGGUCUUCUGCUGCCGUAUACCACAGUGGAGCUCUGGUACUGUCCUGCAGUUUCAUUUGGCUGUCAGUGACACUAUUAUCACACCAGUUGCACCAUUAAUGGCAACAUACUUUGUUAUGGGUAGCCACUGGCCCUUUGGAGCUUUUCUGUGCAAGCUGAAGAUUGCCUUGCUGAGCAUUCACUUCUAUGGCAGUAUCCUGUUCCUAACACUCAUCAGCAUUCAUCGAUACGUGGUAGUUGUCCAGUUUAAAAGGGGCUCCUGUAUGAAACGAAAGGCGUUUGUUCAGAAUCUGUGUGCUGGAGUCUGGCUGGUUUUGCUGGCUAAGGGAAUUGCCUGUUUCUUCUUAUUAAACACAAGCCCAAUGGGAAACCGCACACAAUGUCUCAGCAUUCAUCAGGAAAAAUACAUUGACGUCUACUUCGCCAUCAACUUCGUUAUGCUCAUCCCUGGGUUCCUGCUGCCUCUCUCAGUGGCAGUGACCUGCUAUGUUCAGCUAGCAAGAUCAAUGUCUUGUAUCAAUAUCAACAUGUCCAAGGGCCGUGAUAUAAAGGCCAAGUCACGAAAAAUGGUGGCCAUGUGUCUGGUGAUAUUUGCACUGUGCUUCACUCCUCUGAACGUGAUACGAACUGUGGCUGUCAUAUUAAAGAAGUACUUUCCAGAACAAUGCAGUCUUCUCCUGCAGGUGGAGACUGCAUACUAUAUCUCCUGGAUUUUGGCUGGAGCAAACUGCUGCCUGGACCCAUUGCUUUAUUGUUUUGGAUCACACAACUUUGUCAAGGCUAUUCAUAGGUCUCUCAGAAAAUUUGAUGUCAAGUUUAAAGAAGACCCGGCCACAAAUGACCAGAUCAUCUAUGAUACUGCUAUUGAUUCUCCCUCCAUUGACUUAGAAGACAUCCACACCCAGCAUUCGAACACGUCUUGAAUAAGGAAACUCAUAGUAGUAUAAUCACAUUGGCUUAUUGUUUAUUGUGUUUGCUCAGUGUCUUUUUUUCUUUUUUACAUAAAUAGUAUCUAACAUUGACAUGGGACCUGUGAAGGAAGAAUGUACAGGUAAGUGCCAAAAUAAAGGAAACACUUGAGUAAACGAGGGAUACAAAGUAUAUUGAAAGCAGGUGCUUCCACACAGAUGUGGUUGUUGAGUUAAUUAGGUAAUUAACAUCUCAUCAUGCUUAGCGUCAUGUAUAGAAAUGCCCAGUUGCCUAUGAUUUUGGCUACAAUGGCUAGUCAGUCAGUCAGUCACCCACCAGAUCUCAACCCAAUUGAACACUUAUGGGAGAUUCUGGAGCAGAGCCUGAGACAGAUUUUUCCACCACCAUCAAACAAACACCAAAUUAUGGAAUUUCUCGUUGAAGAAUAGUGUCGCAUCCUUUCAAUAGAGUUCCAGACCUUUAGAAUAUAUGACAAGGCACAUUGAAGUUAUUCUGUUGGCCCGUGGUGGCCCAACGCCCUAUUAAAACACUUUAUGUUCGUGUUUCCUUUAUUUUGAAAGUUACCCGAGGGUGAUCAUAAAUGUAUUCUUUUAUUGAUGUGUUAUAAUAUAAUUAGAUACUGUCAUAUGGCAUACUGUAAUUGUAAAGCAAAACAUGCUCUGUUUUAAACAAAUUCAAUUGUAUAUUGUAUGCAUUUUAAAAGGAAGAUCUUUUCCACAGUCUUCAUUUGUAAUAAGUCCAUUUUAGUCAGUUAUACUGUAUGGUUUUGUCACUUUUUUUUAUGGUUUGAUGAUUGCAUUGCUGAUGACGAAAAAAUAUUGUCAUUACUUUCCCCGCAUCAUGCAGGAAGUCACUAGAGGUGUUGUGAGAAGAGGUGCUCACACUGUCCCAUUCUGAGAGCAGCAAGUGUGACUGGUGUAAUGCUUUACAAAGCUUGCUUCAGUCUGUGGGUCUUCUGCCUCCGUAUACCACAUUGGAGCUCUGGUACCACCCUGCAGUUCAACUUGGCCCUGAGUGAUGCCCUU